AUACCCACCUCCCUGUCUUCCGCGCCACCGUCCCCACCUGUGCUGCUCUUGCCUGCUCCAUUCUCGCCUGCACCGUCGCAGCUGCGCCCGCACCUACCCAGCGCGCCGUCGCAUCUGCCACUCGCACCUGCCCGCCCGCUCGAACCCCCUACCUCCACUGCGCGUCGCCCCGCAUGGCCGACUCGGGGCGCGAUGCCAAGCUCUUUGCGCGCGGCAAGGUGGCCGAGCUGCGUGCGGAGCUGCAGUCGGACAAGAAGGACAAGGGCUGGAACCGCAAGCGGGUGGUGCUGAAGAAGAUCAUCGCCAAUGCCACGAUGGGCAACGACAUGGGCCCGCUCUUCGCAGACGUCGUCGGCUGCAUGGGCAUCCAGGUGCUCGAGAUCAAGAAGAUGGUCUACCUGUACCUGAUCAACUACGGGCGCUCACAUCCGGACCUCGUGCCGAAUGCCAUUCCCGGCUUCCUCUCGGACUGCAACGACCGCAACCCGCUCAUCCGGGCGCUCGCGAUCCGCACCAUGUCCUACAUCCACGUGCCCGCCGCGACGACUGCGCUGCUCGAUCCGCUGCGCCACUCGCUCAAGGAUGCAGACCCGUACGUGCGCAAGACGGCCGCCAUCUGCGUCGCCAAGCUCUACAUGCACGACCGGCGCAUCGUCGACCGGCAAGGGUUCAUCGGCAUGCUGCGCGACCUCCUCGCCGACACGAAUCCCACCGUCGUCGCCAACGCAGUCGCGGCGCUGACGGAGAUCAGCGAGCGCUCGGACAACAUCCAGCUCAAGCUGAAUCUGACGAUUGCGUCGAAGCUCGUGUCUGCGCUGCCAGACUGCUCAGAAUGGGGCCAGACCUACAUCCUCGAGUCGCUCAUGUUCUUUGUGCCCAACGACUACGCCGACGCCGAGAUUCUCGCCGAGCGCAUUGCCGUGCGCCUGCAGCACGCCAACUCGGCCGUGGUGCUGACGAGCGUCAAGGUGAUCCUGUACCUCAUGAACUACAUCGCCAGCGCCGAGUUCAAGGAGGGCCUGUGCCGCAAGCUGAGCCCGCCGCUCGUCACGCUGCUCUCGUCGGGCCCCGAGGUGCAGUACGUGGCGCUGCGCAACAUUCUGCUCGUGAUCCAGCGACGGCCGCUCGUGCUGGCCAACGAGGUCAAGGUGUUCUUUUGCAAGUACAACGACCCCGUGUACGUCAAGAUGGCCAAGCUGGAGAUCAUGUACCGCCUGGCGAACGAGCGCAACGUCGAGCAGGUCCUCGCCGAGCUGCGCGAGUACGCGGCCGAGGUCGACGUCGACUUCGUGCGCAAGGCCGUGCGCUCGAUCGGCCGGCUGGCGAUCAAGAUCGAGUCGACGGCGGACCGCUGCAUCAAGGUGCUGCUCUCGCUGAUCCAGACCAAGGUCAACUACGUCGUGCAGGAGGCCGUCGUGGUGAUCAAGGACAUCUUCCGCAAGUAUCCGAACCGCUACGAGAGCAUCAUUGCCACGCUGUGCGAGAACCUCGACUCGCUCGACGAGCCCGAGGCGCGCGCGGCCAUGAUCUGGAUCAUUGGACACUACGCUGAGCGCAUCGAGAACAGCGACGAGCUUCUCGAGGACUUCUUGUACUCUUUCACAGAAGAACCGGUCGAGGUACAACUGGCCCUGCUGACCGCGACGGUCAAGCUCUUCCUCAAGCGGCCCACGGCCGGCGCCGAGCUCGUGCCCAAGGUGCUCAAGUGGGCGACGGAGGACGUGGACAACCCGGACUGCCGCGACCGCGGCUACAUGUACUGGCGCCUGCUCUCGACGGACCCGGCGGCGGCGCGCGACAUUGUGCUGGCCGAAAAGCCGCCGAUCAGCACCGAGACGGACCGCAUGGACCGCACACUGCUCGACCAGCUGCUGCUGCACGGCGCCUCGCUCUCCUCCAUCUUCCACCGCCAGCCGCAGACGUUCAUCCGCGGCGCAAAGGCGCGCUACAUGCCCGACAGCCCGGCACUCGACGAGGCAGCACGGCGGAACGCCAGCAACCACAUCUACUCGAAGCCAGCGCCGCGGGCGUCGGCCGGCAUCGUGGCCGUGCAGCCGGCGCCCGCACCGGCGCUGCCAGCACGCAGUGUGGGCGGAGCAGCGGCCGUGCCGUCCAGUCCCGUGGCCGACGCUUCGGCCGAGCUGCGCGCCGCCGACGACGACGACCUGCUCUCGUCUUCGCCGCCCGCCGCCGGCGCCGCGCGUCUGCAGCGCAGUGACGAGGCCGACGGCGACGACACGGCAGAGGAGCUGGCGCGCCGGCGACGCGCCCCCACCGACGACGACGGCGGCGCCGAUCCGUACGCCAUGCUCGGAGACGACUUUGGCUUUGCGGGCUCGUAUGCCACCGACGCGCCGGCGCCCAAGAGCAGCGGCAUCGACGAGCUGCUGGCGUGAGGCGCCUGCGUGCGUGCGUGGAAUACCUUAUUCACGGAUAUUUGCCACCGCAUGCCUGGCCUGAGUGUAUUGUGUGGGGCAGUAGAGCGAGUUCAAGACUGCAAGGCAGGCUGUUGAGGUCAUGCGGAUGGAUUGGGGUGCGUUGCAGCGCCCGAGCCCCGACCGCCCCGUGCCGUGCCAUCAGCCAUCAGUCGAGCCCACCAGACAAGCAACCCCUGCAGAGCAGGCAUCUGACCGGCGCACCGCGUGUCUGGU